CAAAAUGACAUCAAAAUCCUCCCUCGACCCUCUCUCAUUUCUACCAAAGUCACACAAACCGAGGCUAUUUACGUAAAACGAGAUCUAUACGAACAUUGCGCAUAAAUAUUAUUGCCCUCUUACUAACAUGCCGACACCUCAACAUGGCUGAAGCGUUACUACUAGCGGCAGUGGUGGCUCUAGCCAUAUGUCAACCCAACACCGCACGCGGAGCAGCACUGCCGACAGCCACCACUCCUCCGCCGGCGCCGCCCAGCGCCAGCCAGGAGUUCCUAGACCCGCACAACCAAGCCAGAGCCGCAGUGGGCGUGGCCCCUCUCAAGUGGAGCGACAUGCUAGCCAACGCCACCAGCCGGCUGGUCCGCUACCAGAGGGACAAGAAGGGCUGCCAGUUCGCGGAGCUUAGCAGUGGCAAGUACGGCGGCAACCAGCUGUGGUCCAGCGGGAUGCCCGUGCCACCGCGUGCGGCGGUGGAGACGUGGGUGGCGGAGAAGCAGUACUACAACUACACCGACAACUCCUGCGAGCCGAACAGAAAGUGCGGCGUCUACACCCAGGUGGUUUGGAGCAAGUCCCUCGAAUUGGGCUGUGCUCAAGCAAGCUGCGCCAAAGAUCAGUCCACUUUAACCAUAUGUUUCUAUAAUCCUCCCGGAAAUGUCAUCGGAGAGAGGCCGUAUUAGUGAAAAUGGGUUCGCUUUGCGGUGGCUGGUCCACUUUUUGAGUCCAGUGAGGUCAAUUAAGGGUGUGCAUAAUAAAUUUGACCCCACGGGCGGUAUGGUACCCUGUUUAUCAUUUUAUUGUUUUUCUGCAGUUUAGUUUUUGGAUCUGUCCAAAUAACGCAGACGGGCCCUGGUGUUGGAAUCUAAUGAGAUCUACACUUUCCUUCAUUUGAA